AUGUCACCAACCAUUGACUACGAGAAAGUAGUCCCAGCAAUGCUCGGACUCACGGACUCUAUCAUCAAGCUCCUGAACGCCACGAGCCACCGCGAAGGUUGCAGCAAACACACAAUCACUGCUCUGCGCACCUUGAUAGCUCGCGAACGCAAGAUAAUCCAACGUCAAAGCACAACCAUCGUCGAUUUGCGAAAACGACUGCUAGAUGUGGAAGAGCAGCUUGUUGCAGUACAGCAGGGUUUGAAGAGCAAUGCUAGUACGACAAGUGAGAGCUCCGAGGAUGGAGAUGAGAAAGUAGAUCUCUCGGCUGUAGCGGAACUGGAUAGGCUUGACGAAAGUCCGAAACAAGAGGUCAGAUUCAUUAACACACGAGAUCAUGAAAAUUGGCUGACACGAUUUCAGGAGUUAUCUGCUCGGGCCGCAGCAUCCACGUUAUAUGAUUUGCAAAAUAUCUAUUCGCAAAUGGCUGAGCGGUAUACGGCAGAACUCGAGUCAAAGGUAGAGGUCGAUGGCGAAUCUGAGUGGGGAGAAGAUGUUUAG